AGUAAGGUCCUGGCAGCGCAAUGCUUCCCUCCAGACGUACGUAAAACAUAUGCUGCCCUAUCAGAUUGGGGCGAUGGACGACCCUUGAUAGAAGAAAAGGCACACAAACAGCAGUACAUCACGAAAGAAGAAGAGAAAGCCCUUGUCACGUUUUUGCUGCUAAUGUCUGAUCUUGCACAAUCUGUGCGAAUAAAGUAUAUCCCUUCGCUAGCCUUUAGCAUCACCCGCUGGCGGUCUAGCGCUACGACGGAUACCGAUACUGAUAACGCGAUCAAGUCUCCGGGCAAGAACUGGGCUCGAUCGUUCGAGAAACGCCAUCAAGAACUCAAAGCGAGGAGAGUCAGGGCGAUAGACUGGAAACGUCAUGGGCACAAUACCUAUCCGAAGAUUGUUUAA